GCGAGGCUUGCACACAGCCUCUUCCGGUCAUUUGGAGCCGGACAGCAGAGUGCGUUCGCCCGUAGCUCAGCGUGUUAAGGUGGAUGUCUGUGAGCUCGCGGGUCGCCGACGAUAAAGAUGAUGAAGAUGAAGAAGAUGCAUCUGUCCUAAUCAUCUCCGCGACUGGACUGCUAAGGACUUCUUUCUCUUUAAAAAACGGGAGAAAAAAAGAUCCAUGAUUUUCCACUGUGAAAACUAAGAGAACAUCCAGAGUCCCUGCAGUGCGUAGUGCUGGCGCCAUGGUGGGCUCCAUCGGCUUUUUUUGGCCUGCUGCUGUUGCAGUGUUAAAACGAAGGAGCUGCUUUAUUCUGCACUUGACUUUGCUGUUACCAGCAGUGAGAGCCAGUGGGCAGCUAACUGGAAGCCCCCUGGUUUGUCAGAAGACUUGUUUGUGUGCCAGCACCAUCAUCAGCUGCUCCAAGCAGAAUCUAACAAAUGUUCCCAACGCUCUUCCAUCGUAUGCAGCUGUGCUGGACCUCAGCUUCAACUUUAUCACCAAGCUCCAAGCUGAUUGGACCGGCAUCAGACUCGACCAGCUGCAAAGCCUGCUGCUCAGUAAUAACAACCUCACCUUUCUCUCCACUGAGGCAUUUGUGAAUGUGAGAAAGCUUCGCUACCUGGACCUUUCCUUUAACAGCCUCCGCCUGCUGGACGAAUACAUUUUUGAGCCGCUGGAGAAUCUGGAGGUCCUGCUGCUUUAUAAAAACCACAUCUCUCAGAUAGAUCGCUCUGCCUUCUCUGGCCUCAUCGAGUUGCAGAGGCUCUAUCUGAGCCACAACCAGAUCACACGCAUCCUCGUAGAGCUGUUAAAGGGCCGAGGCAGGCUGAAAAGCCUUAGACUGCUGGAUGUUUCCUCCAACCGAAUUAAAGCUCUGCCCCUGGAUGAGCUUCAGGCUCUGCCUGCCUGGAUUAAAAACGGUCUGUACUUCCACAACAACCCUCUAACCUGCAGCUGUGAGCUGUAUGAACUGAUGGCACACUGGGAACUCAGGGAGCUCAGCCCUUCCACUGACUUCAGGAGCAACCACACAUGUGUGACAUCAGGCCAGCCGAAGGAAAAAAUGGCCAUACUAGAUCUGACCAGACAGUAUCUGAACUGCAGUGAGGUCAAAGGUUUUAAAAAAGAAGGCUAUCUGGAGCAAUCUUUGGUGUUAGACUGUGACACCAGACAGAAGAACAUGGUGAAGAGAUGGGUGCUGCCAGGAAACCUGACAGUGUCUCAAAACGAAACCACUUUCAUCCGUAACGAAAGCAGCCUUAGGAUUGGGCCCCUAAAGGUAGAAGACUCAGGGGUCUACACCUGCUAUGCCACAAGUGAUUCAUUCAAUGAGACGCUGUAUGUAACUGUAGUGGUGUUUAAUACCACCAUGAGCAAAGGACUGGAGAAUCUAAAAACAGCCUACACCACCCUUGUAGCGUGUCUGAUCAGUCUCGUCAUGAUUCUCAUCUACCUCUUUUUCACACCGUGUCGCUGCGCUUGUUGUCCAGGUCAGAACAUGGAGAAAAAUGACGGCAAAGACAGCCUCCACUCUUCAACUGUCAGUCUCUCCCAGGCACACGAGGAGAGAUGGCAAGAGAGGGUGGGAGAUGGAGGUUUCCUCUACAGACACACGGCCUUCCUGGAACCUAAAGAACAGCUGGAGCAGAAUGGGAGGCUGAAUCCAAUAAGUGAGGAAGAUGAGGAGUGGCAGGGGGCCAACAGGGGCAGAACAAGGUCUGAUGUCAGCUCGGUGUGCUCCAAUUCUCCUAUGGUCAUAUGAAAUAAGAGCGAUGCCGCUGCUUCUUUGUAUUCUAAGAAUGUGAGCAAAAUAUCAAAAGUGAGCAUCUUCCAAACAAAGCUUUAGUUGACUCGAGACAGUGGUGCCGGUCCAGUAACAUAAGAUUCAAAUUGAUUUUAAUCUUUUGAUUAAAUCACUUUUAGGCCUUUCCAUUUGUGAUGCGUCUUAACAAAUGACUCCUCUGUGAAGGCACAGAGCGCUAUAUUUCUGGUAGAGAACUGGUUUUUUUUUUUCAUAAAUGCAACACGUGUUCCCUAAAAAUGAGAAUAUAUGAACUUUAAAUAUUGUUUGCGUUCUUAAAAAUGCUUACCAUGUAGACAUUAACCACCAAGCAGCGCUUAGUAGACUACUUAAAGGCAUUACUGAGAGAAGGUCACCUCAGAGUAGCCAGUAGCCUGCAUGUUAAAGAUAUGGCCUUUCUUGCAAUUGGGAUGAAGGUGCUGCAAAGGUGAGAAGUUCUGAAUUUGUUGAAUAACGUAGAAAGGGAGGCUAAUUUUUAUGCAAAGCUUGCAGAACUCACUCUGUUACUAUUAUUAUGCAAUAUUUCUGCUAUAUGUAACAUUCCUAAACUUCACAGAAAACAGUGCUGUUAAUAAUUACACUUAUGCAACUUUUUCAGUUAAAUUUCUUUUUAGAUGCAAGUGCGAUUUAAUGUUUAAACAGCAAUAUGUGUUUUUUGCAGUGAUUUUGGCCUUAAGAUGAAGUGCUUUUAAAAGCAGCUCUGAUUAAAUAUCAUAUGCAGGUAUACUUUUAUUAUCAUUUAAAAUGAAUUCUAAUUUCUGACAAAUUUAGUUGACUUUUUGUCUCAUAAAAUAUUAUUUAUAUUGCUCCAGUUCACAACAGCUGCUGUCUGAAGGCACUACUUAAAAAGAAAUCUUUAAAAUGAACCAGACUAGCUCUUCAUAUCCUCCUGAGAACCAGGGAAAAAUGAAUCUUCCCACUGAACUUUUUUUGUAAUUUCCACCCUCUUUGGGGCUAAAAGAGGCCACCCAAACACAUAAGAUAUAGAUGGAUAGACCAGGAUGUCCUCUAUUUAGUACACCAGGGCUUAUUAGCAUAGCUCAAAUAAGUCAAACGAUAUCAACCAAAAACAAACGUCCAUUAGAGAAGACAUAAAUGAAUAGGCUGGUUCUCAGGAUAUAAACACUCAGCAGCUAUUUUAUCAGUAUAAACACAAUUAUUGACUGUUAUUUGGCAAAUUUAUUCUCAUCCAGUAUGCAUACAUUUCCAGUAAACAGUGCUGUUGUUGAGCGUCAGUAAUCUGCAGUAAAUAUUGAUGAACUCUUGAUGUCAUUGUCUGAUUGAUUAGCAAAUAGCAUGCCAAUAGCAUGAAUACAGUCUCAUUUAAAAAGAAACUAUUCCACCGACUAAGCUUCAGGUAUAGUUACUGUUAUCUGUGGAUUAUGCAGAAAAAACAAAUCCUGGUUCCUGGUUCAUAAAGAAUUCAUUGCAAUAAGCUAAAGUUAAACACAUAUUCCAGAUGACAAAAACAAAAUCAGCCAGCUGAAUUUAGCUACAAAUAAAUGCCACCAUUUUAUUAUGUUCUAUAUGAGCGAGUUAUUAGAUGUAAACAUUACAGUCAAACUGCUCGAUUUUAGAGGUUGGGUUCAAAUUAAAUUACCAAAGAUUACAGAAUAAUUCGAGUAAAAGAAAAUAGUAUAAAUAGUAUUGUUUUGUGAGUUUGGAUGGAUGAAUCUUAGAAACGUAUGGAAGCUGCUCUAGAUGGAAAACCUGAAACUGAUUGAUAAUGCUAACAAACAUAACAAUAAGUUUCCAGUUGAGCAAGUUUAUUUGCAUAUUUUGUUAUCACACUGCGACAAAAUAUCGUGUUCAGUGUCAGGUUUCAGAAUGGCAACAUGAACACACAUACUUCCAUACUGAAGAGUAAAUAGCAGCCUGGAAGAGCCUGAGAGCGAGUACCAUCCACUGAAUGCUUCUGGGCAUUAGUGCCCAACCCUAAGCAAAUCAGCCGAUGCCAGCCACAAGCCAGAAUUCUCAUAAACACUGUCAGAAAUAGCAGCUGCAGCCAACACUCGGGCCCCUGUGGCUGGCUGACAGCUGAAAUAUAAAUGUAGAUGUAGCAGUUUUUCAAACAGAUGUCCAACAGAAUCCUCUUAAAAGGACUAGAAGCUCAUAUUUUACCCUGGCUGGUGCAACCACAAAAGCUGUGUUACACUGUGCAGAAAGGGGUGUGGAUGAAAAUCAAUGAAGACCAAAAGAUGACUCAAAUAAAUGCAACUUAUAAUAAUAAAAAAACAAUAAUAAUACAUUCAGGCUGUUCAUUUCAGGUCACAAUAUUAGCAGUAGAGCAUCGUAAUUGCUACACAAUCUCUGGAUAGUCAAAGUUGCGUUAUAAAGGGUAUGUAUGUUAAUGUUGAAGGUACAGUGAUGUUUAUGCACUUCUCAUGGUGCUUUUUCAAUAUAACCUCGGUGUAAUCACGAUAAAUGUGUCUGUGGGAGUUUAAGCUCAUGACAUCGUCAGAAUCUAGCAUGUCUGUUAAAUAUUAUAAUGUAGCAACACAACCGGAGGAACUUUUCAGUCUGUCAGAGGAGGCACAUAUGUACUAUGUCAUCAUGUUGGACAUUAUAAUAACCAAAGACGGAGCUACGUGUGACAAAUCAUUACCUACAUGUUCAGUGUUUACAGUCAGUAUAUUGUCAGUGUGCUGAGUUCACCUGCUGUAUUUUAAUAUAUGCAAUCCUGAAUAACGACUUAUUGCAUUUCAUUGUUUGCUCUGUGUAUCUUGUUUAUUGCUGUACUCCUCAUGUAGUUCACAAACAACAAAAAUAAACAUGAUGUAAAAAGAGACGUGUGCAGUAUGUCCUGUGACAUAUGUGCAACUGCAGAACUUUCACUGUCAUGUGCAGCCAACAGCUUGUUAGCUCAGCUUCACACAAACAGUGGAAAUACAGAAACAAGGUAAAAUCACUGGCAUGGCUCUGUCCCAGGCUUAGAGAA